AUGUCUACUUACAGAUCUCCUCAUAGCUCCUAUAGGAAGAUGUUCGGCGGAGAUAGAACCACGGUGAGAAGCAGCUACUCCAGCCGCCAGUAUUCCGCGCCCAUGCGCACUACCCGGGUUCUGUCCUACGGAGCCCCGGGGGGCUCUGGCGGCAUGGUGUACGCCACCAAGACGCAGCGUUUGCGCAGUAGCAACGCGGCUAUGCCCCGGCUCGCCUCGGAGCAGCUGGACUUUUCGCUGUCCGACGCUAUCAACAGCGAAUUCAUCGCCAACCGCACCAGCGAGAAGGCGCAAAUGCAGUCACUCAACGACCGCUUCGCAAGCUACAUCGAGAAGGUGCGCUUCUUGGAGCAGCAGAAUAAGAUCCUGCUGGCCGAGCUGGAGCAGCUCCGAGGCAAGGGCACGUCGCGAGUCGGCGACCUGUACGAGGACCAGAUGCGAGAGCUCAGGCGCCAGGUGGACCAGCUGAGCAACGAGAAGGCCCGAGUGGAGGUCCACCGGGACAACCUGGCCGAUGACAUUGGGAGGCUCCGAGAUAAGUUGCAGGAUGAGAUGUCACAGAGAGAAGAGGCUGAAGCUAACCUGCAGAGCUUCCGGCAGGAUGUGGACAAUGCUGCUCUGACCAGAUUGGACCUGGAGAGGAAGGUGGAGUCCCUCCAGGAGGAAAUCGACUUCCUCAAGAAGCUACAUGAUGAGGAAAUGCUGGAGCUGCAGACCCAGAUCCACAUGCAGCAGCACGUGCAAGUGGACAUGGAAGUGGCCAAGCCGGACCUGACAGCUGCUCUGAGGGACGUACGCUUGCAGUACGAGAAUCUGGCCUCCAAGAACAUCCAGGAGUCUGAGGAUUGGUACAAGUCCAAGUUUGCAGACCUCACUGAAGCGGCCGCCCGCAACAAUGAUGCUCUGAGGCAGGCCAAGCAGGAGGCCAAUGACUACAGACGCCAGGUUCAGGCCCUCACCUGUGAAGUGGACGCCCUAAAAGGAACCAAUGAGUCGAUGGAGCGGCAGAUGCGAGAGAUGGAGGAGAACUUCUCUACUGAAAUGGCCGGCUAUCAGGAUACCAUUGCUCGCCUGGAGGACGACAUUCACAACAUGAAGGACGAGAUGGCUCGCCACCUUCGGGAGUAUCAGGAUCUCCUCAAUGUCAAGAUGGCUCUUGACAUCGAGAUCGCCACCUACAGGAAACUGCUGGAAGGAGAGGAGAGCAGAAUCUCCACCCCAAUGCCAAACUUCUCAGCUCUCAACCUGAGAGAAGCCAUGGUGGAAUACAAACCUCAAGUGGAAACUGCAACCACCAAGAAGGUUCUCAUCAAGACCAUCGAGACCAGAGAUGGUCAGGUAAUUAACGAGUCGACCCAGAACCACGAUGACAUGGAGUAA